ACUCAACACAUAUCCAAACUUUAUAAAUACCUUAACCCUAACUCCUCCUUAUAGUCUUUUCUUUCCGUUCCUUCAAAACUCUUUCCUUUUUCACACUUUUCUCAGUUCAGAUCUAAUUGUAAACCAUGAAGAGAAGCUUUUAUAACACAGAGAUCGAUAGUAUAACCAUGGCGAAUUGCUUGAUGCUUCUAUCACAAGGGAAGGAAACGCGAUUUCCAUCCUUUGAAGCCAUGAAAGACACUGGUCUUAACUCGCCGGGUCGUGUUUUCGAGUGCAAGACAUGCAAUAGACAAUUUCCAUCGUUUCAAGCCCUCGGUGGCCACCGUGCUAGUCAUAAAAAGCCUAGGUUGAUGGGUGGAGAUGGAAGCUUAGAGAAUCAAACGUCGUCGCUGUCAUCGUCUUCUCCAGUCAAGCCAAAGACACAUGAAUGCUCAAUCUGUGGAUUAGAGUUUGCUAUAGGUCAAGCUCUGGGAGGUCACAUGAGAAGACAUAGAGCUGCUUUAAGUAACAAUAACCAUAACAAUGGAGAUGAUAGUGCAGAAGAAAAAGUGAUGGUGCCUCCUCCAAUUUUGAAGAAGUCAAACAGCAAAAGGGUUUUGUGUUUGGAUUUGAAUUUGACUCCAUAUGAGAAUGAUUUAGAGUUCUUUAGGCUUGUUGGUAAAGAAGCUCCUAUGGUUUUGACUGUUUCUUCUAGAUCUUAAUUAAUUAAAAUUACAUGUAAUUAGUCUCUAAGAUGGCAAUUAGUUGGUUAUACCUUAUAUAACAUUUUGAAUUUCUUUUUUCCUCCUUCUUUCUAUAUAUAGAGGAUUCAU